AUAUUUGAUUAUAACUAUUACAAACUUGUGAUGUAUGACUAAGAGCUAUUCUCAUGUUUAACCCUUUUAUGAUGCGUCUCUUGAAAAAAUGUUUGUUUGCAGGAAACCGUGUUUACUGGCAUUGUAGUAUUGAUGCCAGCACCACUUGUGUUCCAUGUCCUGCAUUAACAUACACUGAUGAACCAAAUGGUUUAGAUACAUGCUUUGCCUGCACUCCUUGUGACGCAGCCAAUGGUCUGAGAGUAAAGAAGACCUGCACUCCAUCUUCAGAUACUGUCUGUGAGCCACUAGCAGGAUUCUACUGUAUACAGCAAAAUAAACAUGGUUGUAGUUUUGCAGUAGAACACUCUAAAUGUCAACCUGGACAAUAUAUUCAACAACCAGGAACAGCUUUUACGAAUACAGAAUGUGGUAACUGCACAGAAGGCUCCUACUCUAAUGGUUCUUUCACCACCUGUCGACCACAUACAAAAUGUGAGAAAGAGGGGCGUAAAGAAAAAAGACCAGGAACAGUGUCAUCUGAUGUAGAAUGUGAGGAUUCAGCUCCAGUUGCUGUUAUUGUUGGCACUGCAGUUGUUGUUUGUGUUUUGCUGACUGCUGGGAUCGCAACAUAUUUCAUAUUACAACAUAAAAACCCACAGAACCCUAAACAGGUAAAACUUGAAUAAUCAGAAAAAUCUAAUCAUUUUAACAUGUUCUGCAGAUGUUAAUAUUUCUUUAUGUUCUAGAUAACAUUUGGUAAUUGCCAGUUGAGAGUGCCUCUGUGCAAAAUGAAUGUGACAUUGAGACAGUAAGUAAAAAAAAAGAGC